CGAAAACUAACUUUUCUACGUUAUAUUUUUCAAACUCACCGAACAAAAAUACCCCUCAAACUCACCAAAACCACAAAACAAACAGGUGUUAAAUGUCAAGUCUUUCGACCCUCCAACGGUCUUCACCUUUGACUCUGUCCCAAAAAAAUGCUUUUUUCUAACUUUUUUUUUUUUUCUGUACAAAAUUGCAAAUCAAAGAACCCUAAUAUAAAGCCCUUUCAAUAUCUAACCAAAAUGUUGAUUGAAUUCUUUUAAUGUAAUUUCAUAUAAAUAAUAAUUACGGGAAAAAACAAAGCGGAAAUUUUAAGCAAAUAUAUAUAUGAUGAUUGAAACGGCGGCGGCGGCGGCGGAGGCGGUGGUGGAAUAUUUGGUUCCGUCGUGGUGGGAGAUCAAAGUGGCGGUGGCGGCGUCGGUGUUCGUGAUCGUUUCUUAUUGGCUUUUUACAUUCCGAGGCGGAGAUGGCGGCGGAGAUGGUGGUGAUCGGUCGCAGCUUGUGGAGAAUUCUGGUGACGGAAUUCUUGACGAUAAAGACAAGAUGGUCCAGUUGAAGGAAGAUCUUCAGACCAAUUCUCCAUAUCUAAUCAAGGUGGAAUUGCUGGCAGCUAAGAAUCUCAUUGGUGCAAACUUGAAUGGCACAUCAGAUCCUUAUGCCAUCAUUACUUGUGUUUCUGAAAAGAGAUUCAGUUCAAUGAUCCCUGGUUCAAGAAACCCAAUGUGGGGAGAGGAGUUCAAUUUCUCUGUAGAUGAGCUUCCUGUUCAGAUAAAUGUGACAAUAUAUGACUGGGAUAUUAUUUGGAAGAGUGCUGUUCUUGGUUCAGUUUCUGUUCCAGUUGAAAGUGAAGGUCAAAGUACCGCAGUAUGGCAUACAUUAGAUAGCCCAUCUGGACAGGUUUGUCUACAUAUUAAAACAAUAAAACUCCCUCUGAAUUCCUCCAGGGGUAUAAAUGGAUAUGCUGGAGCUAAUGCUCGAAGAAGGAUUACUUUAGAUAAACGAGGGCCUACCGUGGUUCAUCAAAAGCCAGGGCCUUUACAGACAAUAUUUAACCUCCUUCCUGAUGAGGUUGUGGCGCAUAGUUAUUCAUGUGCACUUGAGAGGUCAUUCUUGUACCAUGGUCGUAUGUAUGUUUCUGCAUGGCACAUCUGUUUCCAUUCUAAUGUGUUCUCCAAACAAAUGAAGGUGGUAAUACCAUUCGGUGAUAUAGAUGAGAUUCGUAGGAGUCAGCAUGCAUUCAUUAAUCCUGCAAUAACAAUUAUUCUUCGGAUGGGUGCUGGUGGGCAUGGCGUACCUCCAUUAGGGAGCCCUGAUGGUAGAGUCAGGUAUAAAUUUGCAUCAUUUUGGAACAGGAACCAUGCACUAAGAGCAUUACAGCGCGCAGAAAAGAUCUACCAUGCAAUGUUGGAGGCUGAGAAGAAGGAGAGAGAAGAAUCAGCAUUGCGUGCACAUAGUAGCUCUAUUAGAGGUAGUAGAAGGCAAGCUAAGGCUCUCGAAGAUAAUGCAUCUAAAAGUGAAAAACUACAAGUUUUUAUCAAAGAAGAGGUUCUUGUUGGUAUCUACAAUGAUGUAUUUCCAUGCACCGCCGAGCAGUUUUUUAAUUUAUUAUUAAGUGAUGACUCUAGUUUCACAAAUGAAUAUCGGUCAGCACGGAAGGAUACAAAUCUUACAAUGGGACAGUGGCAUGCUGCAGAUGAAUAUGAUGGUCAGGUGAGAGAGAUAACAUUCAGAUCCAUUUGUAACAGUCCCAUGUGCCCUCCAGACACCGCCAUGACAGAGUAUCAGCAUUCUGUUUUAUCAGCAGAUAAGAAAAAGCUUGUUUUUGAAACUGUACAACAGGCACAUGAUGUUCCAUUUGGGUCCAACUUUGAGGUUCAUUGUCGAUGGUGUGCAGAGAACAAUGGUGAAAAUUCUUCUAUUUUAGACAUAAAAGUGGGUGCACAUUUUAAGAAAUGGUGUGUGAUGCAAUCGAAAAUUAGGUCAGGCGCUAUCAAUGAGUACAAGAAAGAGGUGGAGUUGAUGUUGGAUGUUGCCCGUUCAUAUAUCAAGUCACAUACUGCCGGUGGUGAGACCAAUAACUCCGCAUCCUCGCCCUCGGCCAUUCAAGAAAUCAGCUAGCACUGAACUAGGGUAAUUUCUUUCCUCACUUUUUAUCAUAUAAUUCCUUCUUUCUUUCAAUAUAUGUAAUGUAAAAUUCAUAUGUAGAGCAAUGGCCUAGGUGUAUAAUGUAACUUAAGCUGGUCUCCUUAGAAGGGAAGUAGCAAGGGGGUUGUUCUUGUAAUGCAUUUUUCCAUGUUAAUGGGCUAAUGGCAACAAUAAUUUUAAUAUUCAACAAAUAUCUAUUAUUUCUUCAUAAUUUAUAUAUGUAAAUAAAAAUACAGGACUAUUUGACAGCCAAUUUUUUUUUUUUUGCAUUUGAUUGGCAUGAUUCAGCCAGCUGCUUGUUGCAAAGCUUAUACAAUUAGUGUUACCAAACAGCCAUGAUCUUACGAUAUCUAACUGCCAAGCUGGAUGUUCAUCAUGUUGGAGUCUAUGGUUUUUGUUUAAUGAUUUUGGAAGAUGCGAGGAUUCGAAUCCAUACGUUUUUUAGUAGGUAUCGUCGAGACAAAUGGUCGUGUGCCACGGCGUGUAUAAAACAUGUACCCUUCACAAAUAAAUAUUUCAAAUUUACCAUUAAAUAAGCUUCCAAUGAAUUCAUAAAUUUAAAAAAUAAUUAUAAACGAUAUA